UCAGGGCAUCAGCAGCGGGGAUGCAUCAUUGGCCACAAACGAUUGCCUGAUAGACACAGAGUCACAGGGAUAGGAACAGAUGACCAGAUUAUGUGAACCGGGGAGUGAGGUGUGUCCGUACGAGAAUGAGUACCUGUGGAUGUCGGCGGGCAGCAAUUGUGUGUUCUCGUCGUCGGGCGACGCCCUUGCUGUAUCCGCUGCUGACAGGAAGGAGGAGAGAGGGAAAAGGAGGAGUCGCUGACGGCUGAAGAACGACUGACUGCGAGAUAGAGAGAUCUUGGCAAGCUGAAAUUCCCCUGAGCCGACUCCCCUGAGCCGACUUUGGCAAGCUGAGAUUUCCCGACUUUGGCAAGUUGAGAGCCGACUUUGGCAACCCCGGAAGGACCGUUCGGACACCCAGGAAGAAAAGUAGCCUAGAGCACUCCCCCAGCUGGUGAUUUUGGGGGGUCGUGAACACAAACAU